GCGGCGCGGGCGUAGUCCGCUUCAUUCUCCGCGUCGGACGUACUGAUUUUUGGCGGCCCCUCGCGCGCGAAAUUAUACGAUACCAAUUUACUAAAGUGCAUUGUGCUACUGUGUUCGAAGAGAGGCUAGCUGUUGGUAGUUGCUGUUAUAUUUUGAAACAAUGGACGCAGCCGAUUUCAAGGAUUUCUCUAAGGCGAUGAGCGAUUAUAUCGUGGAGUAUCUGAGCAAUAUUAGAGACAGACAAGUGGUUCCUUCGGUGAAGCCAGGAUACUUGCGCCCGCUGGUGCCAGAGCAGGCUCCGGAGAAGGCUGAGCCAUGGACGGCGGUGAUGGCUGACAUCGAGCGCGUGGUGAUGUCCGGUGUCACACACUGGCAAUCCCCCCGGUUCCACGCGUAUUUCCCCACCGCCAACUCAUACCCUUCCAUUGUGGCUGACAUGCUGAGUGACGCUAUCGCCUGCAUAGGAUUUACUUGGAUUGCCAGCCCCGCGUGUACUGAACUGGAGGUGGUGAUGCUGGACUGGCUGGGCCAGAUGAUUGGCCUGCCGGAAUCCUUCCUGGCCCGCUCUGGCGGCGAGGCUGGCGGAGUCAUCCAGGGCACGGCCAGUGAGGCCACGCUGGUGGCGCUACUGGGCGCCAAGGCCAAGGCGAUGCAACGCGUGAAACAGGAGCACCCAGAGUGGACCGAAUACGAAAUACUAUCUAAACUUGUCGGAUACUGCAACAAACAAGCUCAUUCUUCAGUGGAACGUGCUGGGCUCCUGGGCGGUGUGAAACUCAGGUCUUUGAAACCCGAUGGAAAGAGGAAGCUGCGCGGAGAAACUCUACAAGAGGCUGUUGAGGAGGACAUCCGCAACGGACUCAUUCCAUUCUUUGCUGUUGCAACGCUGGGGACCACCUCCUCAUGCGCGUUUGACGCUCUGGACGAGAUCGGCGACGUGUGCAAUGCCCACAACAUUUGGCUGCACGUCGACGCCGCGUACGCCGGCUCAGCCUUCAUCUGCCCUGAAUUCCGCUACUUGAUGAAGGGCGUCGAAAAAGCAGAUUCGUACAACUUCAACCCCCACAAGUGGAUGCUCGUCAACUUCGACUGCUCCGCCAUGUGGCUCAAACAACCAAGGUGGAUCGUCGAUGCCUUCAACGUCGACCCCCUAUAUCUGAAACACGACAUGCAAGGAAUGGCCCCAGACUACCGUCACUGGCAAAUUCCUCUUGGACGCCGGUUCAGGUCCCUCAAGCUUUGGUUCGUCUUGAGGCUUUACGGCGUCGAAAACCUUCAGAAAUACAUCAGGAAGCACAUUCAACUGGCCCACAAGUUUGAAGAGCUUUGCAUUUCUGACCAGAGAUUCGAGUUGUAUGAAGAAGUGACGAUGGGUCUUGUAUGCUUCAGAUUGAAGGGAAACAAUGAGAUUAAUGAAGAGUUGUUGAAGCGCAUUAAUGGUAGAGGCAAGAUUCAUUUGGUUCCUUCCAAAAUUGAUGACACUUAUUUCCUAAGGCUUGCUAUUUGCUCUGCUUUUACCGAAGAAUCUGACAUUCACGUGUCCUGGGAGGAAGUAAAGGCAGCUGCCGAUGAAGUAUUUAAAGCCAUUGAAAAGUAAAAAAAAUCCACUAUUUAAAGUAUCGUAUUUACAGUAGACAAUAAAGUAGAAUCUUAUUUACAUAACUUUCAGUUUCGUCUACAGGCAUAACGACAAUAAAAUACAUAAGGUAUUUCUACUGUCACACUGUCUGGAACUGUGCCACGAAAUAUGUUAAAAUAUUUAAUACCAGUCUACUUUCCUCAAUGAAAAAGGCGAUACUGAUUUUAAAUUAUUUUAGAGGAAUAUGACUUAUUCUAUAAUUAUGUGAAAGAAUCAUAUAGGUAUUAUAUCCACGUGUGUUAUUGAAUGUUUAAAUGCAUAUUAUCCUUAGAAGACGUAUGAUAAUCAAACCAUAAAACAAGUACUCAAAUAUUUAUCUUAGAAUUUAAAGUUCUAUAUUAUCUUUUAAAUAAAUGCGAAUAAUAGAAGUAUUUUGUAAAUUUUUUAUUAUUGCUAAUUUACGUGAAGUAGAUAUUUACGGAUUUGGGUCUUCUAAGCUAACUAAGUAGUUAGAUUAGAAGUUAAUAUACAUAGAGCAUGCUCGCUUAUUUUUCCAACUUCCGGACUCUAUGAUUAGUACUUGACGAGUAACAGUCCAGCAGUUUCUACGUAGGUACUUUAUAGGACUUACUCGGAACUAAUAUAAGUGUGAUAGAUAAUGGGUUUUUUCAACUUUUAAGAUCCAGGUCUGGGAAUAAAUGUGGUGAUCCUUUAUAAAAACGACCAUGACAAUAUUUUGAUUACGUACUAGUAUGAGUGUGGAACAAGGUUAAAAAUAAAUGGCUAUAACGAUGGGAUCAAACAUUUUGGCUUAUGUGUUGUUUAUUAAUUAAGUAAAACCACUGACUUAAAUUAUCCUCAGGUGUAAAACCUGUUGGUUGGUUUGUGAUGUUUCUAUAAUCACUGUAUGUGAUAUUUUUAUUGUGAUAAUUAAUUAACUUAUAUUUACGCAGAACAAUUGCGUCUUCGCGUACUUAAUAAGUUACCUACUCCUCAUUUGCUAUGUAUUUUGCAAAGUAUCUCUACGUACCUUCGUUAAAUAAUUUUCAUCAUCAUUAUCAAUUAAGUGCUUUCAUUACUUACAGAUUAUUUGUUGAUACGAUAAUGUUUUUCUACCUAAGUUUAUUUGUUAUUUAGGACUUUGUAUUUAAAUUAUUGUUAUUAAAAUAAGUUCCUGACGAUUAUGCAAAAGCAGAGGCA